ACUUCACUUGCCUUUUACGUGAAUAUACUAGUCAUGGCACGAAACAUGAAUAUAUCUUUCCUGGGCACCUCCAGCGGUGGUGGCCCUUCAAUUUCUCGCAACUGCUCUAGUCUUGGUAUGACAUUUCACUUCGAGUCACUUCAUGUCGAUCUUAUUACAGAGACCAUCAAUACUUAGUCGCAGACGUCAUCGGCGACGGUUCGCUAUGGAUGGUCGACUGUGCAGAAGGAACAGUGCGACAAUUUCAGAUGCAGCAUCGCGGUCAAGGAGACCCAGUCCUUAAAGCGCUCAAAGUGGCCAAGUUAUUUGUCACUCAUAUGCAUGCCGACCAUGUAAUGGGAAUAAUCACUUUCCUUAGACAUGUCCUCCACCCGCCACUGAUAGCUUCCUCUGGCGACCUCCCACCCUCAGACGGUCCUCCACAAAUCGAACUUUACGGCCCUGCCGGCCUCCGUACAUUUGUUCGCUCAAUCUUUACCAUGACCCUCACCCACACAGGAGAGCGCUACGUAGUCCAUGAACUGCUAACAUCAUCUGACACGCCCACCUCAUGCGAUCCUGCCAUGCUUCAUCCGAGCGAAUGCCCUGGUCAGAAUUUCCUUUGUGACGACAAUGGGUUCUGGAAAGGUGUCACAAGUGGUACGGGUUAUUACGGUGAAGUUGUAGUUGAUGCAGGGCCGAUAUUACAUCGAGACCCUUGCAUAGGUUAUGUCUUGCAUGAGCCUAAUCCUCCGCAUCGCAAACUUGUCAUUCUGGGUGAUACAUAUGACGCAUCACCGAUUAUCCCACUUAUACAGCCUUCUGCAACUAUUCCCGUAUCACUCCUCAUUCAUGAAGCGACGGAUACGUACAUCUCUCGCCAAAUUGACCCAUCAGCACGACGAACCAAAGACGAAGUGGAUAGCAAGGUUGCGGCAAGGGGUCACUCCACUCCGGUAAUGGCGGGCACAUUUGCGAAAAAAAUUGGAGCUCAGCAAGUCGUUCUGAAUCACAUUGGUAGCCGAUUUCCAGCUCCUAAACAACUCAAAAAUCCUCACGACUCCCGUUUCGCCGUCAUCGCCGAAAUUGAACGACAAGCAAGCGAAGCGUGGGGAGGUGGUGAAGCCGUUGUCGCAUAUGACUUCAUGCGUAUAUCUAUUGCUGCUGAUCUGAAUGAGGAAGAAUUUUCGGAUGUAGCAAUGGCGCUGGAGGAUGGGGUGGCGAGAGGAAGAGGGCGUGGGAGAGGAGGAGGAGGGAUGCCCAGAGGAAUGAGCCGUGGAAGAUGGAGAGGUCCGCAGUGGAGGGGACGGAUCAGAGGUGGAGGUGGUGGGGAUAGAGGUGGCUUCGGAAGAGAUGACAGUAAUAGUGGUCUCGGCAGAGGCAAAAAACGCAGGUUUGGGGAAUAGGCUUCGCACUUCACGCCUUACACACGCGAGUUAGUAUUUUGAAGGGCCACGUCAUAAAGUAGCCAUAAUCUUAAUUAUGAGUUGGUUGUUACGUUUUUCUGGUGCAUCCAAGGGGAAGUGUUACGGGCUUCAUUACUAUCAGACGUACGUGGACUAUGCCACCGUUACUAAUUUUUCUACGCUACGUCCGACAGCUUCUCCUUCUUGAUUUAUGACUUCGCGCCACUAGAAAGUCGGAUUAAUGACAUCUUGCCAGAAGCAAUCAUUAUAGCAUGUGCGUUCGGCUCUCAGGCUGAG